AUGGAGCCUUUCAGCGCCGCGGCAGCAGCAGUUGCUUUAUGCCCAAUCGUUAUCGGAAUUGCCAAAGAACUCCGUGUCGCCUAUAAGAAAAUUACGUAUGCACGACAAGAACUCGAAGAGCUGGUGAACGAGAUGGACAUCUUUACCGACCUGUACACGGAGUUUCUCAAAGUUUGCUCAACAAGGAAGAAACACAGAAGAAGUGUGUCCUCGGCCAAGCGAAAAUUAGUCUCCUGGACCAAACAUGCCAUCGCAGACUUCAAAACAUUGGCGCACAAAGUGGAUGCCCUAUCGCGGGAUCCUGUCUAUAAGCACAGCAUUAUUGAUACUGGUCUUGCUAAGUUUAAGUGGUACUUUAACACCAAGCAUCUGGUCUAUCUACGCGCAUCCUUGAGCAUUACAAGACAAAGUAUGGUCGGCUUCACGAAUAUCUGCGCCAUCGAAUUACUAGACGAGCAACUGGCUCACCUCAAAUCCGUUUUGACAGCUCAGCAAAGGGAAGAUAUCUUGUAUGAGUAUGGUAUGACUGUGGAGCAGCGUAUACAAGUAUUGCAAAGCUCGAGGGAUACAUACGAACUCAAACAGAGUCAACUACCAAAUCGUCUCGAGGAAGCAGAAAAAAAGGUCAACGACUAUGCUAAGCAGAAGAAUAAACAAGAUGUCAUCAAGCAGAAGCGACGGGUACUAGACUUCUCAGAGUCAGUAGAAAGACACGUCGAACGUGUCCUUCCUAUGGACGAUGCUGGCAACAGACCACCUCGCCCACCACGGCUCCACUACUACUACUACUACUACUACUCAAACACAGUCUACGCAACCUUCACACCAAGAAUUCUCGACACCAGAAUCUCCUCCAACGUCCCCUGA